AUGGCUGUUCAGGUUGGAAUUCCACCAUUGGACACCCAUGAACAUUUCCUGGGAGAAGAAGAGAGGCUGACUGAGCAGGAGAGACAUAAAAGGUUUGAGAAAGUUUACACUCACACCUUGUAUUACCUGGCACAAGUCUACAAACACCUGGAUAUGAAUGAGAAGGCUGCCUGGUACUGCCAUACUACCCUGCAACGCCAGCUGCAGUUCACUCAUUACAACCCUGUGGAGUGGGCUAUCAAUGCUGCUACUUUGUCCCAGUAUUAUAUCACAAAGCAGCUUUACAUGGAAGGUCGUUUGUGCCUCGCUGCUGCAAGUGUAAUCUUCAACCAGGCAGGCGGAACAUCCUCAGAAUCUCCUGCAGAGGAAAGUGAAGAGGAGAGAGACCAUCGUGACCAGCUGCAACAGAAGAAGGCAGAAAUAGCUCGGUGUUGGAUAAAGUACUGUCUCAAUCUGCUGCAGGACUCGCGCAAAUUGCUUGAGGAUGAUGUUGGCGAAAUGGAUUAUGAUCGUCAGGAAGAGCUGAAAAUCCGAUUGAAGAAGGAAGAGGAGGAGAAGGAGCAGGGGAGGAAGAGUGCUGUGAUGUUUGGAUCUAGUGAAACAUUUGAUCUGAUCCAGUCUGUUGAGGAGAAGGUGAGCUGCAUUUACCCUGUGGACUUCAGCAAUGCUCGAGACGUGUUCUUGGUUGGACAAAACUACGUGCAGGAGGCCAAAGAAUUCUUUCAGCUCGAUGACCAUGUGACAGACCAUAUUGAGGUAGUUCAGGAUCACAGUGCGUUAUUCAAGGUCCUGGCAUUUUUUGAAGAGGACCAAGAGAGGCGUUGUAAGAUGCACAAACGGCGCAUUGAUAUGCUGGAAGCAGUCUACGCAGAGUUAAACCCACAGUAUUACCUCUUAGUCUGCCGGCAGCUUCAAUUUGAGAUAGCAGACACAUACUAUGAAAUGAUGGAGCUAAAAGUCUCUAUUGCCAAUCGGCUGGAUGAAUUAGAUAGUCACAACAUCAAGAAAAUAAACCACCUAGCACAAUCAGCCGUUACCUACUACACCCUCUUCCUAGACUCUCUGAAGAAUUCGGAGAAGAAAUUUCCAGAGAAACUGGAAGCUGAUGUCUUGCGACCAGCACUAGUUUGCAAGUUUCGCAUUGGUUGGUUGUACAGUAAGAUGAUCACUUCAGACCCGAAGCUGCAGCUCACCAACCUGCAGCAGUCAGUGGAGUGUUACCGCUUUGUGGUGGAUUACUGUGAGACGCAUCCUGAGGCCACCAAGGUGAUGGAGCCUGAGCUGGAGCUCUGUGUUGAGAUGGCCACCCUCUUGCCAGCAAGGAUGGAGAAACUAAAGGCUAAAAUAGUAGCUUUUUCCUAAGAACAGUGACUGACCUGCUGUAGAGACCUGCUUCAUUUCUGUAUCCCAGCAGCUGUACUUCCCUGUGUAAUAAACAUACCCAGCAUGUUCAGCUCAG